UAGGAAAAGAACUGUGGCAAGAACAUAUUUCAUAUACAGUAGUCGAUUUCAAGGACACUGAAGUAAAUCUUCAAGGUGCCACAGGAAGACGAAACGUUUCCUUAACGGGUGAAGGAGACGGGAGGACGAAGAAGAGGCUCGGCUAAAUAUUUUAUGUAUACGUAUGUGGAAAAGAUCAAGGGAAAGCUCCUUCCCUGUUUCGUGGGAAGCGCCUGAGGGAGAAGGAUUUCUGCUCACGCCUCCUCAGAGGAGCUCCGAGAGGGGACGAAAGGCGAGGAGGAAGCUGGCGGAGCAGCCCUUUCAUUUAUUUAUUUAUUUGUUUGUUUAGGCUCUGCUCCUGCUUUUGGCCUGAGGCGGGAAGGAGCGGCGAGUUUCCCCGCCCGGCCGAGUCAGGCUCUCUCCUCAGGCGCGGCCUCGGCCUCAAGGAAGCGACAGGCGAGAGACCGCGCGCGCCAAGGAGCUCCGCCGCCACCGCCACCGCCGCGAGAAUGAGCCGGGAAAGGCCCCUUCUGGCCUCGGUUUGGUGGUUAAAAAUUCACUAAUUUGUUUAUAAGGAGAUCCCAGGUUUGGGCUGAAAGCUCCAUCAUGUCAAAAGAGAUUAAGAACCUCCAGAAACGGUGGAACGUCCUACUGGAAACUGUUCACAGCAAUUCCCAUGUUGUGGCCUUUAUGAACUCCCGAGUUGGCCGCUACUUAGAUGACCAUCCCUUUGUCUCCCUCUCACUGUUGGUCUUCAUUGCAGCGUCUGCAAUUCCUGUUGCAUUGUUUCUGGUUUUUGUUGUUGCCACCAUUGUGUUUACCUGCAUCGGAGUGAUUAUCGUGGAAGGCUUUUUAAUAACAUUGGGCGGUAUUACACUGCUCUGUGUGCUCGGUGGAUUAGGUGUGGUAUCCUUGGCCGUGUCCGGUGUGUUGAGUGUUCUCUACAUGUCCCUUACAACUCUGCUUAACUGCUGGCCCAUUCUACGGCUGUCAGUAAAAAAAUUCGCUAAUGGAAGCAGCAUUCAGCCAAUUCGCUUUUCAGCCUUAUACCAGGAUGCUACUAGUGAGGAGACUGAAUAAAUUGGACUAAUGCUUGGAGUGCUUCCUUGAGCUGAGCUUAAAAGGGCACUUUUUCGGAACAGUGACAUUUGUGGAUGUUUACCUGUCAUCACUGGGGGUCCAUGUUCAGCGCAGAAGGCUCGUCUUCUCCUGCAUCCUACACAUCCCAGGGAGAGAUGCCUAUUCCCACAGGGCCACAGCCUGCCGAAAUGGACAAGGCUUUCUUUAUUGCUUAUUGGAACUGGACAUUGAUUUUUCUUUCUUGAUUGCCCUUGUAACAACUGCGUUCUCAUUAAAUGUGCUGAGUAACUCAGCAACUGAACGACAGAAGGUCAUUCUGUUUCUCCAGCUUUAUCUUCACUCUAGGUCAGCAGAUGGAUAUUUUGUGUAAAACAUGGGGUACCUUUGUAUCUGCUGGUUUUAUAGCUUGUUAAAACUCAAGAGUUGUAAAUGUCUCUACCCAGCAGGAGGCAAAACUUUUCUACCCAAUGGGAGGUGAAAUUAACAGUGCUUUUUUGAAUGUGGAAAACACAUCCAAGCCUUAAGCCUUCUUUGUAACAGAGAACACAGUUGUCAAGUAACAUAGGUGGAAAAGAGGAUGUAUCUCUUUAUGACUGUAUUUUAAUACCUCAAGCACUUCGGUUCUAUAUACAGUGGUGCCUCACUUGACGAGGAUAAUCCGUUC